AUGUAUGAGUUGUUGGCGGAAAUCGACUCUCUUCGACGAGAGAAGCAUUCAGCUCCAAGUCAGCCUAGUCCCCAUGUUUCUUUCCAGCAAGCUUAUGAGGGCUUGCAACCAGACACUUCACCAGUCUUGACCCAGUUCCGUGAUGAGGGCUCGGCAGAGGAGGUUCAAGCCUGGGAAAUCGCAGCCGAAGAACCAACUCUGUCGUACAGAAAUGCCCAAGACCCUCCCCUGCCACAUGCGUCGGCGACAUCACUACCGCGCGCCUUGCAAGAUCUAUCAGUGUCGGGGGAGGAUGUUGACGCUUGCUUCCAGAUUUUCUUACAGCAUUACCUUUCCUACGUGCCGAUACUGGAGACUUCAUUGCGUCCGGAUGAUUGUUACGUCUACUCUCCCUUGCUCUUCUGGACCAUUCUAGCGAUUGGGAGUAUGCGUUUUGAACGCGAUCCCACGUUGAUCAUUGCAAUCGGUCCUAUGGUCAUGGAGUUGGCCAAAGAUGCGGUUUUUUCCUGCAAGGACGUUAUCGCCACCAUCCAGUCAUUCACACUACUGUGUACCUGGCCGAUGCCGGUAGAGACUCUGGAACGGGACCCCUCUCCAGCUUUGGCAGGGGCGGCUCUACAACUGGCCAUCAACAGUGGUCUUCACGUUUGGGGGAUUGGUCAAGACUUCUCACGCAGGAGACUCAACCCGGGUGGGCAAAAUUCUGUCGAUUUUCGGGCCAAGCUCUGGGUGAAUUGCCUGAUUGUCUGCCAGAGAGUAAACAUUGCGUUUGGGGUAUCUCCGCCAGUACUCCCUGACACGUAUCAGCGAGAGAAAUAUAGCGAAAGACUAUCUGCGACAUUGACCCCCAGCAUCGAAUUCCAGAGGCGACUCUGUCUUACCCACAGUGAAGGCAUCAUAACUCUCGAGAAGACUUUGAAUUCUAAAGUGUCCGAUGCAUACAUUGUGGCUCUAAAGUCAGAGAUUGAAAACAUUGUCAGCGACUUGAAGAGUCUACGGACGAGAAGUCCAACUUCCUUUGAUCAAUUUCUCCUGGACGGAGCCGUGCUUCAGAUCUCUUGCUUCCACAUGCUCCUUCCUCAAUCGGCUCUCAGCAGUGAGACGCUGUUUCAACUAUAUGACAUUGCGGUCGCUUUCGCUCAGCUUGGAGCGGAGCUGGAUCAAAAACAAAAGAUUGCAGAGCAUGCGCCUCCCUUCUUCUCGAGGAUCAUGUUCCUGGCAUCCUGUGUGAUAUUAAGGAUUGCAAGGUCGAGCUUACGCGAAGCCCUGGACCUCAAAAAAGGGCGUGAAGUUUACUUCAAGACCAUCAUCCUGCACAAAAGACUUUCGAUCCGACAUGACGACGCUUACUCGAGAGCCACAGUCAUUUUGUCCCAGCUCUGGUCAGGUAAGAUGAUUGAAGCGCAGACCAGGCGGAGUGCAGGCCAAGUGCGGGUGAAAUGCAGGAGUCGCCUAGGCAUGAGUUUGCUGUAUGACUGCUGGUGGUAUUGGCGGCAAGAAUUCCAAGGACACCCAGACCCCUACCCAGAUGAAGAAAAUCGGAGCGAUGAGUCCGAAGAGAGUAUGGCACUUCAGGCGACUCCGACCUCUACGGACUUUGGUAACAUGGAUUUGUGGUGGCCGUCAUACGAAAUUUUCACAGGCACCUAUGCCCAGGAUGCGGACUCGAGGUCUGGAGGUCUGGGAAACUUGACUGAGUUGGAGCCCAAUCUCGCCCCUGCAUAUCACAGCUUGCAGACUUUGCCAUCCACGUUCGCUGCAGCAGACAGGUCCGAACAGUUUCCUCCCUAG